GUAAUUUCUUCAAACUUGAACCCAGAAGCUCCGAUUUUCGUACCGUCGGCGUACCGGGCGGUGGAGGACUUCUCCGACGAGUGGUGGUUCCUCGUCCACUCCUCCCCUUGGUUUCGCGACUACUGGCUUCGGGAACGCUUUCAUGAUCCCCAAAUCGACCCUCCUUUUCCCGAAAAUUACGACCCUGUCCUCCCCGACCUCGACUUUAUCUUCGACUCCAAAAUCAUCAACAACAAGGAGGAGGAGGAGAGAGAUUAUGUCAAGGAUUUGGUUUCGGUGGGAGCGUUGAAGUGGCGUAACAAUGGGCGGGUUUUGGCGGAGACGCCGAGGUACGCCCAGAAGGCUCCGAAGAUCGUGAACGUGAAAGUGAGUCCGAGGACGAUUCAGCAGCCGAGGUAGAGCGGCUCACUAAGUUCGAGGAAGACCAUCGAGUUAGGGUUUUUCAAUCAAUUUAAAUUUCCAAUCUUAACCUUGUUUUUUUUUUUUAAAAAAAAUUAGCUGUAAUUGCUUUGUACAUAAAUGAACUCUUUAUUAGAUGGUCGGUCUAUCUUUUAAAUUUUCGAUUGUAAUGAAAAUAAAAUUACUACAUUAAAACAAACAAAAAGAACGUUUCAACCCAAACUCAUCUUGAUUCUGAAAUAGUAGAAGACUGGGUUAAUUUA